AUGUAUUUCGGUAAGGAGGAAAUCCUCUCCAACGAAUACGAAGACAAGCCUGAUCUCGGUUCGUCUUCGGGGCUUCAUAGCUCACUAUCCGCUCGACCAUCCAACGUGUCGAGCCGCGUGCGUCCCGCAGCGGCGGUGGCGGAGGUGGGAAGAUACUCCUCGUAUGGUCAACCCCAGGUUGACCAUGGCUCUCACGCUCUGCUUGACCGUGUUGCCGCUCUGGAACAAUCCCAGAGCGCGGAGCUUGCUGCUCUACAACAGGAGCUGCGCGUCUUAAGAACGCAGAUCGCAUAG